AUGGGUCGCAAACCUAACCCAUUGAUCCUCAAGUACUUUGAAAGAGGCGCGAAGUUAAAUGACUCCAGCAACCGCUACCACCAUACCUGCAGAGCUUGCUCAGAAAAAUUCCCCAAAGGGAGACUCGACACUUUGACAAGUCACAUCUGCAAGAAAUGCCCCGCCUUGGAUCGCGCCCAGAAACAACGACUCGUUCUAGAGUUUAAUAAUCUUCCCGAGAUUGCUGAUCGUACAAAUAAUCAGCAGAUGAAUAUUCAGACUGCCAAUAAUCAUCAAACAACUGCGGUUCGUGGGAGACCGUUUCAAGGAAUGACGCCCCUUGAGACUUUGGCUGAAGUUUCAAGAGACAUGGCCGAGUCAGAGCAUCGAAAUCAUCGACCUGGCAAUGAAAGCCCGCAAGGCGACGGUCAACAACCAAUGUCCCGAGGUGAUAACCUUGAAUUACAGGAGCAAUACACUCUUGACAACCCGCCUCUGAGCUACGAGUCACGAUCUCAGCGCGACAAGAAGGGUAUCAAUCAAAAAGGCCACGGUAGUGAAUUUAGUCUCGGCCGCUCUCAAUCUGCCUCUCCGAACUCAAUGGCGGCAACGGCAGCAGCUGCUUCCCGGUUCAUUCCAUCAAUGGUGGACCCCCAACUCCUAAGCGAAGAUGCGGUAGCACAGGAUAAAAUAUCUGAGGACAAGCUUACCCGUCAACUUGUCGAGGCAAAUGCCAUGAGCGACGGUUUGUUCAAUGGAAGCUCUGAUAACCAACAGCAUUCUUGGGGUAUGAUGGAGGUUUCCAUGCCAGCAAGCCAAGCCGCAGCGAUGCAGGUUCAAGAUCAAAUGGCUCAUAUGGGUCAAAUGACAUAUUCCGAGCAUAACCCUGCCGAAAAUACGUUCGACAACGGCCAACCCCAAAUACAGAGCCCAAAAAGCCACGCUCGAAUAGCCAUGAAUCCAAUGACCACUGAAUUUAGCGCUGAAUAUGGCAAUGGCCAAAAAGCCACCAAACCCAAAGUCCGAGGAAAGUUCAACGAGGGUCGCAGAAAGGAGGUAUCCGACAUAAGGAAGAUUGGCUCAUGUAUUCGCUGCAGAAUGCUCAAGAAACCCUGCACUGCAGGAGAUCCUUGUGAUACUUGCAAGGGUGUCGAAAGUGCACGUUUGUGGAAGACCCCAUGCAUUCGAACUCGGGUUGCACAUGAGCUUUGCCUGUACUCAGCGAAACUCCACACAGUACUUGCUCACCAUCAGGUCCUCGCCGCGAAGGGUUCGGCUAACUUUCAGAACUCACCAUACCAGAUUGAGGUCUCUCAUUUUCCAGAAACCACAAUUUACGCUUCCUUCCCGUGUUUAGAAGCACACGAUGCUGAUACCGGCCUCACUUCCUAUAUUCUCGACACGGACCAUGAUGAUCUUUCGAACAAGCUCGAGGCAUAUGCUAAGCGUAUGAUGCCAAUAUUUAUUGAUAAUGAACCCUCUCAGUUCAUUCGAACUACUCUCCAAACUGCUCUCAAUCUUUCAAUUCAAAAGCAAGAUAAUUUUCUAAGUCGUGCUUUGGAAUUUUGGACCAUUGUGCACAUAUUCGUUGAUUCUGAAAUCAGAUGGGAAAUGUCUGCGAAGGCCAUCUCAGGUUCAUCAGAUGAAGGGGGUGGUCAGACCAAACCAAUUCUUUCAACUGAAAGAUCAUUUGCUAUAAUUCACACUCAGUUGAAUUCCGCAGCCGAGAACAAAGCAUCCCAAAUGUGCAAGGGUAUACUGAACGAGUUGGAGAGACGUUUGCUUAACAAAGCUUCAAAGUCUUCUUUCGAACUGUUUUUGGUUGCCGUCAUUACUCUUAACUGUGUUGAGAAGUCCACCUGGCUUUUUAAGUGUUGGGAGGGAGAAGAUUUCCAUGGACAGUGGCCACUUGACAAGCCUCCUCAAAAUUUUGCUAAUCAAGGUGAUGACCUCAUCAAUGUUCUUCAAAUGAUCUUGAGAAUGAGAGAAGUUCCACCAAAGACUUUUGUUCGGCAAGACAAUGGUGUUCUUGCAGUUGACGAUACAUCUGAACAAGUUGUUAGGGAAUUCUUUGAACAAGUUCAACUUAGUUUUACCGAAGUCCAUGAUAAACAAGUUCGGUACUUCUUCGAUCCAGCAGACUCAAGAUCAUACGAGCUUCGCUACAUCUCUCGGCUCCUCCUCCCCCAAGUUUCUAAUUAG